AUGUUCACCGCCGAAGAGGGAAGACGAAGAUACCACCGUAUCAGGAAGGAAAAAAAUCCCUACGGUCUAGCAUCCAAGAUGUGUUCCGUGAUGCGUUCUUGUCACUUUACCAUGCCUGAACGAACGAGUCAUUUCUGUCAUGCCAGUACAUGGGGUUUUGCAACUAAGAGCAACUCUAGCAGACCCCGCAUCCUGCUCCGGCUUGUAAAAUAA